AUGCUGGGACAUUUCAAGGUAGAGAAUACGGCCUUUGAGGGUUAUGACCAGCCAUAUGCUUACUUACUGUCUAAAGAGGGCGAUAGGGUAAUAUUAACCACAACCAAGGCCUCGUCGUUGACCAAGCCUCUCGCGAAAGACAGCAAAACAGAUGUGCGCGGCGGAUAUAUUGAGCACAACAACAUUAUCGGGAAAAGUGCGAGAGACGUUGUACAAACACAUAAUGCUCGUGCCAGUUUUCGGAUAACACAGCCUACCCUCGAAGAAUACGUUUCUCUCACUCCACGACUCGUCACUCCGAUAUAUGCUCCAGAUGCAAGCCUCAUAGUCUCGCUUCUGGACAUCCACACGCCUCCACCGAACGAAAAACCGAAUGAAGAACCGCUAGAGAUUCUUGAAGCUGGCACAGGCCAUGGAUCUUUAACGUUGCAUCUUGCAAGAGCUAUAAAUGGAGCAAAUACAUACCCGCCACCUAUCCCCGAAGCCACCCAACGAACGAUUCUUGAUACCGAUGGCCACACGCCCAAUGCGCCUGAAAGGACCGAGGUUGAAGAAACAAAACAAAAGGAUUGGGACGCAUGGCGUGCUAAGCGCAAUGCAAUUCUCCACACUGUGGAAAUAUCUCCCAAAGUCUCAUCGCACGCUGAAAAAGUUGUGCGUGGCUUUAGACGGGGAAUGUACACCGGCAGUGUGGAUUUCCACGUAUCCAGCGCGGAAAAGUGGAUUCAACACCAAAUCGAAACCCGAACCGCGAAGCUACCUCCUUCAGAAGAAUUAAAGCCCUUUUUAUCCUACGCCAUACUAGACAUGCCGUCGGUAGAAACUCGCAUUCCCGAGGUUGCACGCGUUCUUAAACCGGACGGCGUACUGGCCGUGUUCGUUCCAAGUAUCACUCAAAUAGGCGAUUGUUUUCAGAUGAUUCGGGAUCAAAAGCUACCGUUUAUCUUUACAAAGGCCGUUGAACUGGGUACGGGGAUUAGCGGCGGGAGACUAUGGGAUAUUCGUGCAGCGGUUGUUAGGGCUAGCGUGAAGCCUACCGCUUCCCAGGACGAAACCGAGGCGUCGUCCACCAAAGAGGAUGAAGAGUCGAUAGACUCGUCCCUUGAUGAAUCUGAUUCAACCCUGGCUAAUGAAGACCAAACCACCAUGCACUCGAAGGAGAGCGCUGAGCCGGAGGAGCCUCAGGCCGUGAAGCAUGUAAUGGUCUGUCGGCCCAAAGUGGGAGAAAGAGUAGUGGGUGGUGGCUUUGUUGGCAUAUGGAGGAUGGGGAGAGUUUAA